AUGAUAGCUGACUUUGAACGAAUUGCACAUGAUACCGACGGGGAACCCCAAACCGAUGACGAUAUUUAUAGCAUAACUAAAUCCCUCCGUCUCCAACUCCAAGGCAGCAUCGAGAUCGGCGGCAAUACUGGCACAACCAGCAAAGAUAUCGGCGGUCUUUAUUCGGCUGAGCCUUUGGCUUUGAUUAAACCGUCGGGAGUAGAUGAUAUAGCUCGGGUCGUUAAGGCCGCUUCACAAGUUCCUCACAUGACGGUUGCGGCGAGGGGUAACGGCCAUUCCGUCAACGGUCAGUCGAUGAACGAUGGAGGGCUCGUGAUAGACAUGCGUUCCACGGAGGAAAACCUUUUCCGGCUCAUUACAUUAGAUUGUUGCACUAAUUACAUCGAUGUCUCCGGUGGGGCAAUAUGGGAAGACGUCUUGACACGGUGCGUUUCGGAGUUCGGUUUGACACCUAGGUCGUGGACCGAUUACUUGGGCUUAACGGUGGGUGGGACAUUAUCGAACGCUGGCGUCAGUGGCCAGGCCUUCCGUUAUGGUCCCCAAAUAUCGAACGUAAUGGAAUUGGACGUUGUAACCGGAAAAGGAGAUAUAGCCGUCUGCUCCGAAACCCAAAACCCGGAACUGUUCUUCGGAGUCCUGGGCGGGCUGGGCCAGUUCGGUAUUAUCACCCGAGCAAGGGUUAAGGUUCAGACAGCUCCAGACAUGGUGGGUCUCUCAGUGCUUGAGUAA